GCCACUCCUCCGUUAGCAUACGGAUGUUGGUAAUGAUAGCUGCCUGACAGCAGUGAGCUAGCGCUAGUGUUUCGUGAUUUGGAAAGAUGGCUGUGGACUUGCGAGGUUUUGCUUUGGAAAAAGCCGAGCUGAUUUCCAGCCGCUUGAAAGUGCUGAUUUAUUGGGGACAAGACAAUGUCCGGGCUCAGUUCGGGGUAGAUUUGGGUCUGAAGCCUGAAGUGUACCCGACUUGGGUCAUCCUAUCUACGGCCGCGGUGGGUCUGUUCCUGGUACUCUCACUGUCCUGGGCCGCCGUCUGUCGCGGUCUGUUUGCUGGGGAAAAGCGGGGAUCCCCGGUUCCCCAAGGCAACGGUGAGCCAGGCAAGGCCAAUUUGGCCAAACCAGAAGAACCGAAGAAGAGGAACAAAAAGAAAACGAUUGAAAAGAACACUCACUCCAACGGACAACCAGUGGCUGUAGCACAAGAGGAAGUUAAAGUAGUCGUGGUUGUCUCCAAGCAAGCUCCUCAUAUCAGAACCGAGAAGGUGUAUGAGGUACAAGCCCCGGUGCAGGUGAAAAAGAACAAGAAGAAAACCAAGACAAUUGUGCAACCUGUCAAGCAUGUGUCUAAAACUGAUGGGAAGGAAACUGAUGAUGGUGCAUGGGAGACCAAAGUUAGUAACCGAGAGAAGAAACAGCAGCGCAGGAAGGACCCGGGCUCUGAGGACUCUGGUAGCCCAGGAGGAGCGGAGGCUCCCAAGAGCAACGCUGAGGCACUUGUGGCCACAGCACCUACCAACACCAAGAAAAACAAAGGAAACCACGUGACGUCCAGCCGCAGAGAGGAGCCUUCAGUCAAUGGAGGAGGUUGGACUGACAUGUCUGUUAAGAUCCCACGUCAGAUGGGUGCUAUGGACGGACCUAAGUGGAUUGCCACCACCACGGCAACACAGUACAGGGCCCCACCUAAGCCUCAGUCCUGGGGACAGGAGACACAAGCAUGGAGUAGCAUUGAUGGCCGUAUAAAGACUGACCCAAACCCUGUGAACUUCUCCAUGCUGGGGCUAAACACCACAGACUCAAUAUCAAACUCAAUGGAGCUGCAGUGGGCGAGGUGCCCUAGUGUUGAUGAUGAAUGGUCUGGAUUCAAUGGGAUAGCAGCUGCAGACCCCAGCUCUGACUGGAGUGCCCCGGCAGAGCACUGGGGAAACUAUGAACAGCCCCCUGUGAUGGAGACGCCAGAGCCUCCACUGAAGGAGCAGCCGGCACCCAACAAGGUAUCCGAGGAUGAGAAGGACGCUGAUGAUGUCGCCGGUGGAGCCGCCAAAUCCAAGAAGAGCAAGAAAAAGAAGAAGAAAUCAGAUGAGGAGGCUGCAUCUGGGGCUCAGAUGGUGAGUACAGUUCCUUUGGUCAAUACACCCAAACCCCAAGAGCCUCCUGUGCUGACGUCAAAGAAGCAGAACCCGAGCAUAUCCUCCUCUCAGAAGAAGGCUGAGCAGACUGCGGAGCCUCCAAAGGGCUCCCAGAAGAAAAAAGUUUGACAGGAAACAUGAGGUCACAUCACAGGUCCAUCUAAAACAUAUGCAAAUGAUUGUAAAAUGUGUCACAUGCAAUAAUUACAAGGUACAGAGUUUCUUUCUGAGCUACAUUAACAGUUUAACUACCAAUACAAAGAAGAACAAGCAGUGAACAUCCCCUGCUUGGCUAAAUACAGUGAUGAACCGUGGUCCUGUGGACUUAAAUCUUAACUAAUUUGCACUAUUUGCUACACUGCGACCAGAGUGGAGUUUCAGGCAAGGUGGAAAGUGGAGGUACAUGCUUAUGUAAUUAUUUGUAUGGCAUCAAUAGUGUUAUUCCCUCCAAGAGUGUAUGUUUUAACCCAAAAAAAGAAACAAAAUACGGGUUUUAUUUUAAUUUGUUGUUAUGUGAACAUUUAAGUUACAAGAUAAGCAUACAUUUUGCUCCCCAGAAUAUUGCACUUUGUUUUGUUUGACAGUGUCUGCCCUUGUAUCAAUUACUGAAAUGUGUGUGAGGAUAGGUUCAGAUUUUUUCAUUUUAGUACAACAUUUCCAUACCUGUACGGAUAUUGAUAGAAAGUUGAGGGUUGCUGUAAUCGGACCCCCUUUGUGUGCUGGCCAUGAUGCGAUACCCUUAAAAAGCUGCAAAGUUAGAAACACAAAUCCACACUUAUUGUUCUGGGCAAAAUAUCAAUCUAGAUUAUCUGAAGCUAGCAUGAGGCUUAAGCUUUUCUUUUUUUUUUCCGAAGUCAUGGCUUUAUUAGUACAACAUUCAGCCUUUGUGUUUGCCACGUUUCUGAGGUGUGAGUUAUACUUCCUGACAGUCAGAGCUACAAAACCCUGACGAUAAAACUACAUACGACUGCCCUGACAAAGGCAUUCUCCGACUUCUGAAGCCUCACAUUAGUUUUGACACAACUUUAGCCAGCAUUUUUUAACAGCAAAAAAGCAUUUUGUACAUUGUUACUCAAUCUAUGAAGGUAUCACUACAUAGACGAUAUGGAAAGAAGAUAUUAUUAUAGUGACCUAUUACUCUUUCAACGUACAUAUGAGUGUUGUGUUAAGAUAGGUCUGUCUAUCCUUUAAGUAACAUCUCCUAAAACUGUCAUUUGAGUACCAACACUUGUUUCCUGUAGGCUGUGUAGUUUAUAAAUGCUGCUUUUAAGAAGAAGGGCAGCUGUUAUCAGGUUGUUUCACAGCAGAAAAAAAAAAAUGUUAGCGUUAGAAACCUCUCCACCUCUUCACUGUCCUUAAGAGCGGUGGUAGUAUGUCCCGUCCUAUCAUACCGUCUCCACAAUAUGGUUCGAUACACCGAGGCCUGAAACUGUGAUGACGAGUUUGAGCACAGACGUCUGAACAAAUAUUAACUCAUCAGAUUUUGAUCAGCUCAGAUUAUUUCUUCUAUAGAGAGCACAGUAACUGAUAUGAACCACCAGGGGGCAAUGUAUUGUGAAGAAGAGCGGUUGUGGGAAUAUCCCAUAAAGCAGUCAAAAUAUUGAGUACCCUCCGUCCACAUUUAUCAUUUUGAUUGUGUCUGUCUUUAUCCAACUAGACUGUUCGUUAAUUUUUUAGAGACUGAAUGGUCCUUUCUGCUUUUUAAAAACGGUUUCUUCCAGUUUUUGUGAUAGAAAAAGAGCCACGCCAUAUGUACAGAUUGUAAGGGCUUUUUCCAGUCCUGUGAUUGCACUGUGCUAAAGGCUAUAUUCAGUUCCUUUUUAUGUCAAGACAUUGUUUUUUACUUAUUUUUUGCAGAAUGUAAAAUGUGAAAUUCCUUUUGAUUAACCUAACUCCCCCGGAUUUACGAUGGGGAUUUUUUUUACAUAAAUUAAGAAUGAAGACGUACAUAAAGAUAUGAUAUGGAGCAGCUUUAAUUCAACAUCGAAGUUGUUUUUAAACAAGACAAACACAAUUACACAUAUUCAAGGAAUUCAAUUCCAUUGCCUUAACCUGUAGUUGUAUAGAACGUGCAUGUUUUUAUAGUUUUCAACCAAUUGCAAGCUUUGAUGUCUGAAAUUAAUUUCAUCUUGCAUGACUUUGAUAAAAGUACUUGUGUACACAAAAAUAAAUGAAUGAUCUCUUGCUUUAACUGUUGGUACCACUCAGUGUAUAUAAUCUAAGAGCUUUUUUUUAAUGAGACAAGUGGCAGCUUUUUUCUUUGGGAAUCCAACAACAGACACUAACAUGAGUCUGUUGUUGGAGGUCGGAGAGGCUUUGUGCAUCGAGGUGUUGAUCAGCAUAUAUUAGUGAAGCUGAUAGAACAAAAUGAUACUUCGCUGUGGCUUCAGGCGCCCUUUUGUGUUUCAUUUCUACUGAUGAUUAAAUGGAUUUAAUCUAUUUAUUUAUAUAAUUGUCUCUAGCACAUUGUUAUGUGAAUGAUUUGGUUUAUUAAGGAGAUACAAAAUGAUAUUUAUAUGUUUGUUUGGUACAAAUAAAUGAGAAUUGCUUGAUAUCACAUUGUCAUAGAGAUGCAUCUUUUGUCUUGUAAUGCUGACACAACCUAUAAAUGUGUUAAACCAGUGAGGGAAUUUACACACAACAACACGUAAUUAUCAUUUUCACCUUUCCUUAACAGGAUAUUGAAACCUCAAUGUUUGAAAUCAGAGAGAUCUGGGGAUUUAAUCACACACAUAUUCCUCACACAACAGGAAAAUCUGGCCAGAUAUUAUUUAAAACAAAUUGAAAAAUGCAGAGCUUUGUUUCUUCUUGUGUAGUGUGUACCCCACAUAAAGCCGACUUACCAACA